AUACGAUACGGAAUCGAAGAGAAAAGAGAGAAAGAAAGAGAAAGAAGGUGGACCUUCAGAAGAGGCGCGUGAAAUCACCGGUAUUCUUCCUGGCGGGAGACGACACGUGGUUUCUGCAGGCACGCGGCUCCCUACUCUCCACCACGAGUUCCUCGUCCACGCUGGACGCAAUCAGCCGAUCCUCAAAGCGCGACCGGUAGUCGUACCGCGUGCACGUGGAGCUCUCCCAUCAACCGAUUAUCGCCCAUCGAUCUCCGUCUCGUCCGCGCAGCAGGAUCUAACGUCCAGUUGGCGCGUGAUCGUACCUACGAUGAUCGUACGCCCGGCCUUGCUCGAUCUCGAUGAUCCAUGACCCCGAUCGUAAACCCCGUCGCGUAAAUUUUGAAACAGUCGGGAAAUAGUCGCGGAAAUUUUCUCGAUAUCGAUAUCGUGAGCGUAUUUGUGAAUCGACUUCCGUGGAAAAGCCGUGGGUCGGUGGUUCGUGGUGAAUCACUGUUUUGGGGCCGGCCUACCAUCCAGCCAUCCGGCCAGACUGGAUCCGACCGGAUUUCACCUUUCGACCAGAAGAACAGAAGGGAUACAGGGUGGUUCCUCGGAGUUCAGUGGCACAUGUGAUCGUGAUCGAGAGAGCUGCUCCAGUGUUCUCGCGCGGGGGCCAGCAGCGGUUUUUGUCCUCCAGUUUUGGAUCUUGAGGAAUGGACGGCCAAGAAUGAAGAAAGGGUGAACGUUCGGCUGCGUAGAACGGAUCAGGAUGCGGUGGAUCGGUUACGUGGCCACAAUUCUCUGGUGGUCGGGCAUCGCCAGGUCCCUGAGCACGCUGAAUCGAGGUCACAGUUACAAAAUCACCCCGAAACCCUGUCGAGCCCCGGGUCCAGAGUCCAAGGAGGGCACCUGCAUGUUCGUGUGGGAGUGCAUCAAGUCUGAGGGCACGCACGUGGGCGUGUGCGUGGACACGUUCAUGUUCGGCAGCUGCUGCGUGCACAACACGACGACGAACGCGAUCACCGUCUCCAAUCACCACCAUCACCACCAUCAUCAUCAACAAGCAUCCUCUUUGGACCCAUUGAGGCCGACCCUGGCCGAGGCGCUGGGCAACGAGUCGACCAGGCCCACGCUCACCUCCCUCUCCAGCUUCCUCGUCACGGACACGAGCACCGCCAGGCCGAGUUACCAUCCAUCCGAGACGCUCGAGUCUUCCGGAGGGUCCGGCAGACCGCACAAACCGCUGCCGGCCGGUUCCGCUAGGCCGCUGCAAAAAAGACCGCACGCGAAACCCGCGAACGAUCACAAGGACAGGGUCCAAACCUCUGCGGUUCCCGCCUCCUCGUCGAAUUUCUGGGAGAAAGGGUCCCAGAGUUCCCCAGAAAUUUGGGAGAAGGGCUCUCAUAGCACCAAAAGACCAGGAUCCUCUGAUUCUUGGGAGAAGGGUUCUCAGAGCACCAAGAGACCGAGCUCUCCUGAAUCUUGGGACAAGGAGUUUCCAAGUACCAAGAGACCAGAACUCUCCGAAGCUUGGGAGAAGAACACUCAUAGCACCAAAAGACCAGGCCCCCCUGAAGUUUGGGAAAAGAAUACUCAUAGUACCAAAAGACCAGGAUCCUCUGAAGUUUGGGAAAAGAAUACUCAUAGUACCAAAAGACCAGAAUCCUUUGAAGUUUGGGAGAAGAACACUCAUAGUACCAAAAGACCAGGAUCCUCUGAAAUUUGGGAGAAGAAUACCCACAGCACCAAAAGACCAGGAACCUCUGAUGUGUGGGAGAAGAACACUCACAGUACUAAAAGACCAGGAACCUCUGAUGUUUGGGAGAAGAACACUCACAGUACUAAAAGACCAGGUUCCUCUGAAGUUUGGGAGAAGAAUACUCAUAGUACCAAAAGACCAGGAUCCUUUGAAGUUUGGGAGAAGAACACUCACAGUACCAAAAGACCAGGAAUCUCUGAAGUUUGGGAGAAAAAUACUCAUAGCACCAAAAGACCAGGAACUUCUGAAGUUUGGGAGAAGAACACUCAUAGCACCAAAAGACCAGGUUCCUCCGAAUCUUGGGAGAAAGGGUCUUUGAGCACGAAGAGACCAAGCUCUUCUGAAUCUUGGGAGAAAGAGUUUCAAAGUACCAAAAGACCAGAAUUACCUAAUGUUUGGGAAAAAGGUUCUCAGAGCACUAGGAGACCUGGCUCCUCUGAAAUUUGGGAGAAGGGAUCUCAAAGUACCAAAAGACCUGCAUCCUCUGACAAUUCGGAAAAGGGAUCUCAAAGCACGAAAAGACCUGUAUGGGAGGAGAAUAAUCAGGAUUCGAAGAGACCUGGUCAUCAUGACUUCUCGAGUCUUCAAAAACCGAGACCGGAAAGUGACCAACACACGGUUGUCAAAGAGAAAGACACGACGCAUGAAGGCUUUCAGAAUCAUCAUCAGGGAUACAAAGAUAAGAUAGAUACGGGACUGAAUACAUUGGUGAUUAGGUUACCUGGAAAAGAGCAUGCGUCUAACGAAGAUGAAGGCAUCAGGCCCAACAGGCCUAACAACCAAAGACCAUCCGAGUCGAGGCCCGACGAUAGUAAAACGGAAGAGGCUGAUUUGAGCGUUCAGGAAUCGAUUCAUAGACCGAGUGUUAAUUCGGUUGAUGAAAAUGAAUCAGCCAAGGAUCCUCAUCCGAGCUUGAACUUCAUUCACACGGAACGUCCACAAUGGGCUACCAAACCGGUAUCCCCCAAACCGACCACAGACUUCUCGAAACCGUACUUCUCGAUCAAGACGACAACUUAUCGGCCGAUCCUGAUGAACGAGCAACCGGAUACCAGGCCGAACUUCGUCUCGAAACCCAAUGGCCCGAGCACAACCGUGAAAACUUCGACCACAAUCAGACCGUCACACUUGAGCGGCCAAUCCACCACCAGCGCAGCCGGAUCCUUGCCACAAACCUCUCACUGGCAUGUGACCACUGAACCGGUGUUCGUCACGAAGCAGAGACCGUCCUUGUCCACCAAGCCGAUGAGUUCCCUCGAGACGGUCAAACCGUUGACCAGCAGCUCCCAUUUCUGGUCAGAGAACAGUUGGACACCGCCAAGGCCGUCCUUGAAACCGCAUUGGACGGACAAUCCUAGCCUCCUUCAGAAUGGGCCUGAAGCGUUUCCACCACGGCCGAGCUUCAAACCGACCGAACCACAAGAAAACACAGAGUUCCACAAGCCGCUCGGCGCCGCGCAUUACAUCACCACGUCCCACUUCGAGACCUCCGCAAGGCCCAGACCCACGAAGAAAACCACCACGUCCACCACGACCACCACCAGCACCACCACCAGUACCACCACCACCACCACCACCACCACCACGACCACGACCACCACGACGACCACCACGACACCAAAACCCGAUACGACCGUGUCCACGACCGAGGCGGUCGCGAAAACUGGAUCGGUGUUGACCGUCUCUGCCGCAACCGAGAGCAAGGGCAUGCAGUGCGGGGUACCGCCUCUGUUUCCACGACCCGAGACCAGGAUCGUUGGAGGCAAGGACGCGCCGUUCGGUCGAUGGCCUUGGCAGGUAUCCGUCAGGCGCACCUCGUUCUUCGGCUUCUCGAGCACCCAUCGAUGCGGCGGCGCGGUGUUGAACGAGAACUGGAUCGCGACCGCGGGACACUGUGUCGAUGACCUGUUGACCUCGCAGAUCCGGAUCAGAGUAGGCGAGUACGAUUUUUCGUCGGUGCAAGAGCGACUGCCGUACGUGGAACGCGGAGUGGCCAAGAAGGUGGUCCAUCCGAAGUAUAAUUUCUUCACUUACGAAUACGAUUUGGCGUUGGUUCGAUUGGAAAGCUCGUUGACCUUCGCUCCGCAUAUCUCGCCGAUUUGUCUGCCGGCCACUGAUGAUCUUCUCAUCGGCGAGAACGCGACCGUCACCGGUUGGGGAAGAUUGAGCGAGGGUGGCACCCUGCCAUCCGUGUUGCAAGAGGUUUCCGUGCCCAUAGUGAGUAACGAUAGGUGUAAGUCAAUGUUCCUGAGGGCUGGGAGACACGAGUUCAUACCGGACAUCUUUCUUUGCGCCGGAUACGAGAGCGGGGGCCAAGAUUCUUGUCAGGGCGAUUCGGGUGGACCUCUGCAAGUGAGAGGGAAAGACGGCCGAUAUUUCCUCGCGGGCAUCAUAUCCUGGGGAAUCGGAUGCGCGGAGGCGAAUUUACCAGGGGUGUGCACGAGGAUCUCCAAGUUCGUCCCAUGGAUCCUGAAGAACGUCACUUGA